CACAAACAUCUAUUUGCAUCAAAUUGUGCUUGCUUUUGAGUUAUAUCAUGUUUUAUCAGCCUGAAAUUUCCUACAAUUUAAAAGGAAAACAUAUCUUAACAAUAGGCGAGCGCUGACGCUGACACGGGACGAGUGUAAUCUAGAAAUGUUUGAAGGAGAGAAAAGAGUAUGACAAUCAAGGAGGCCGUAAACGCACCCUACAAUUGUAGGGACGACUGACGAUACGGGCCUUAAAGCUUAGAAAUAGUACCAAAAAUAAACCAUUUGGAAUCAAAUUCCAAUUUACAGCAUAGGACAAUACUCAGGAUAAAAGUAUAGAACAUCUUUUUUUAUACCAUAGUAGCCGCGCAGGCAGAAGUCUAAAUACCCCCGGCUACCCUAAGGAGUUUAAAGAAUGUUUGUUAACCCGAUUUUAGAACUACCUGGGGUUAAUAGAACUAGGAAAAGCCUCCUCAGGUAGACUGUUGCAUAAUCUCGAUAUCAGUACUCCAGGCUAGGCAUUGUACAGAGUAAGGAAGUUAUGUGGGAAAAAGUACUUCUUAGCCCUAGCUUUUUCCCAGCAUCUGCCUCUAUUCACGAGAUGUGUUCGAGCCAGAUCAGGUCCUCGGUGAUCUGGAUUCCGAGAAGCCGAAGUGGUCGGUUCUUUGGUAGAACGCGGCCAUCCAUCCAAAGCUCACUCAAUACUUUAAAUACUACGAGUAUAAAAACGUAAUAUUCAAUAAAAUUGAAAGAUAUGAACGGUACGGUAACGACUUUGUAACUCAUAUUGCAAGCAAAAUAAUUUCAAGGUGACAAGAGUUGACGAACGAAAUGAAACAUGGCGAUUCCCCGCGCGAUAGAGGAGCAGAACAUUAUGUCCCGACCCGAGUGCUAUGCGAUUAAAAAACAAUCUUCAAGUGUUUCGAGGCGGGAUAUUCAAGAACUACAUAAUGAAUUUUUCAAUUAUGUUUUGAAUUAACGAAUUAGUUAACUAACUUUAUUUUAAUUUACCGCAGAUAUAACCUCAAUAAAUAAUAAAGGAUCAAAAUCAAAAGUUUUAAAUAAAAAAAUAUAGUUAAAUCAAUCUACAUUUUUUAAAUUUGCUUGGGUUGUUGCGCGAGACCCCUGCAAAAGCGAGGCCGCGACGAUUGCCCUGUUUGCCACCUCCUAAGGCCGCCACUGCCUGCAUGUAAGGUGUCGUCAUCAUCAAAGCUCUGGAUCCGAUUUAUCGUAUACAGGAAAGGAAAGGAGGUCGUUGAUAUGUAUGAGGAACAAUGUCGGAGCAAAGACUGGUCCCUGAAGACCACCCGCGUUGACAUUGUGUGUCAGAGUUUACAAAACAGUCCAUUUUUUAUUACUGGCGCUCAAAAUCGCAUAUUGACGAAAAGAAAAUUAUCCAUACUUGGUGGUUUCAACGAGAUGAGUCCAUUAGGGGUGGAUCACAAAAAUAUUUUGGGAGAGGGUCCAUAUAAUGAAUUUGAAGUUUUCUUUGGGGGGGGGAAGAGGGUAGGAUUUAUGUCCAAGAAGAUGCCCGCCUCAGGGGGAUCGGCGAUUGAAAUUAAAGAGAUGGAAGGGGAGAAACUGCAAAUUGAAAAACAAGUUCGAAUUUUUUUAAUACUUUGUGAGGGGGGACACCUGCUGGAUCCGCCAAUGCACUACAUCAUCACUCACUGCGAGGGAGUGGUUAUCAAGAGGGCUAAAGGGUUUUUAGAGGACACUAUUAUUUGGUGGAGAGCCAGUUUACGAGUAAAUUAGCCUUUGCUCACUAAAUUUAACCGCGCCUGGGUUCUUCCUAUGGUGAUAUUGAAGAAUAUGCGUAUAUAAGUGUGUGAAAUCGCGCCGAAAGGAAUGGAAGAAUACGAAUACGAGAAGCAGAAUGUCGGCGACAUUUAAUGUUAUCAUUCAGACCAAAUUUUCCAUUCCCGUCACACUUUUUACACCAAUUUAUCGCUUAAAUAAAAUACUAGAGCUCACUACACAUUGCUUUCUCAGGAAGCAAAACCUCCGAAACCAUGGAAAGGAAUCUGGCAAGCCAAAACACUAUACAAAUGUAUUCAAUAUGAUCAUAUAUUAAUACCAGCUGGCCAGGACAGAGUAUCAGGUAAAUGUAAAACGUAAAGAAUGUAAGAAAACAAGUUUUAAGUAGACACGAAUUGCAAAAAAAAAACGGAUGAGAUGAAAUUUUAAAAAUGGUUUCAUUGCAUAAUGCAACUUCUUGAAGUAUGAUUGCUAGAGUUGCCUAGAAGAAAUGAUAUAGUUGACGUGUGACAUACACUUUUAGGCGAUGAAGACUGUCUGUAUGUCAACAUUUACACUCCAGACGCAAACCCACCGAGAAAGUAUGACGUGUUGGUAUACAUCCACGGAGGUGCAUUUGUUUUUGGUAACGGGGGCAUGUAUGGACCAAGUCGUAUUCUGGAUAGACCCAUCGUUUAUGUAAAUUUCAACUACAGACUAGGACCCAUGGGAUUUUUGAGUACUGAAGAUGAUAUACUGCCAGGGAAUUUGGGAUUGAAAGAUCAACAGAUGGCAUUAAAGUGGAUAAAGGAGAAUAUCCACCACUUUGGGGGGAACCCGGAUUCUAUAACGAUCAUGGGAACAUCAGCAGGGGGUGCCAGUGUGGAACUUCACUACAUAAUGCCCAAAUCAAAAGGUUUAUUCAACAGAGGCAUAUCCCAAAGCGGUUGUAGCCUAUACUCUUGGGUGUUGGUGGAGAAGCCUCUGGAAAAAACUAAGAAGAUAGCUGAGCUUGUUGGGUGUGAUACACGUGACAACAAGGAUAUGGUUGAAUGCCUGAAGUCGAAACCAGCUAGGCAGAUUGCCUAUACAGUUGGAAAGUUACAGCCAUGGAAGUAUAAUCCGUAUACUCCUGUAGGCCCAGUUGUCGACAAGUGGGCGAAAGAUCCAGUUUUACCCGACCACCCGUAUACGUUACUGAAAAAAGGAAAAGUUCAGGACUUACCUUGGAUGAUCUCGUUUACAGCAGAUGAGGGGCUAUACCCAGGCGCAGAGUUUUACAACGAUGAGGAUCUGGAACAUUUGGAUAAAAACUGGAAUGAGCUUAUGCCUCACAUUUUGCACUACGAAGAUGUUGUGGAUUCAAAAGCUUCCAUUGCAGUAGGAGAUAUGAUAAGAAAAGAGUAUUUAGGAAAUGAAAGGCUAACCAAGAAGACAUUCAAGAAAUUGAUAAAGGCGAUUGGAGAUCGACUUUUCGUGGCAGAUUUAGAAAAGGCUGCACGACUUCAUGCGGUAGCGGUGAAAUCUCCAGUGUAUCACUACCAUUUUGCAUACGAAGGAAGUUUAAGUGCCUCAUUAGUGUUAGCCAACACGACAGAAUAUUUGGGCGUGUCACACGGUGACGAUGUGAUGUAUAUUCUACCGGUAUUCGUUAUCGAAGUAAAUGAAAAAGACCGACGUAUGGCUGAUACUCUGAUUGAUAUCGUCGUGUCGUUUAUGAAAAAUGGGAAACCGGAUAGAAUAAAAACCUGGACGCCAUUAGACAAGGACGUUACAAGUCCCUUAAACCAGUUGAAGAUUUCCGGACCAGACGAUAUGAGGAUGGUCCAAGUAGAUUCGAUUGGAAACAGUGAAUUUUGGAAUAGUUUGCCGUUCAAGGAAAAUGAAAAAAUUUUGACAUAUGAUAAAGACGAACUAUAAGUAACUCAAGACUUCCAAAUCUCAAAUCAGCAACAUAUAUACAUUUAAAUAUAAAAUCACUCUUUUUUUUUCAUACUCCAACUACCACGAAGGCCUAAACACACAUGGGCUACCAUGGGGCUAUAGGGGGAUACAGGCGAGGGGGGACGCCACACUGACUCUAUGACUACCACUGCGGCCACCGCUGCUGCCUAAACUGCUGUCGAAUUUUAGCGUUUUUGUACAUUGAAUCGCUCUUAACUCAACACGUAUUCAUCAAAACCUAUAGUACCUUAUCCCAAACUCCUUCUUUUGGAAAAGCCUAUCUGAAUGCGCAAUAAAAUAUUGUAAUUAAAAAAACGAAUAAUUUUUUUUAAAUGAUUGUUUCAUAUUUAAUGACAUAUUCGGAUAGACCUUUUGGUGAUUAUUAAGCGA